GACCUGAUCGAGAUCAUGACCUGAGCCGAAGUUGGAAGCUUAACUGACUGAGCUACCCAGGCUAUUUGCCCAAUAAUUUUAUUGCAGUGUUUAGCAAUCAGUAUAAGUCAGCUGCAGCCCAACCAAAUAAUUCCAUUUUUAGAUAGAGCCAACAGAAUGCAUACAUUAGAAUGGAUAGAUUGAGGUGUAUUCAUAUAAAAUACAAAGAGUAAUGGACUGUUUAGACUGUAAAUACACAUAAUAAUGGAUGUCACAAACAUAGUUGAAAAGGCACAAAAUAAUAUAUACUAUUGGAUAUAUAUAAAAUUCAAAAAUAGAAAAACGAAUCUAGGGUAUUAGAAGUCAGGAUAGUUGUUAUCUUUGUUUGGAGUUGUGACUGAGAGAGGACACAACAGACCUGAGUUUCAUGUUCUGUUUCUUGGUCUGGGUAUUAUUGACUUAAGUGUUUUUACCUUAUGAAAUUUAUGAUUUGAGCUGUAUCCUAUGACUUGUUUACUGUUCUGAAUGUAUGUUUUAGGUCAACAAAAAUGCUUACAUAGGGCAAAAGAACCUAUGGGCUAAGGUGAGAUUGCCCAGGAUGUAUAUAUAAAGUGAGAAGAGUGACAGAAUGCUGAGGAACAAAGAAACCAUGCACAUAUUCCUAUUUCUUUCCCCAUUUUCCUCAGUUUUUCCUAUGAAAGCUUUGCAUAAGAAAUGGCAAGAAGUCUUUUGAAGACAUCAUCUUUAUCUGUGAGGACAAAAUUACUACAUCAAACGGGAUUGUCACUUUAUAAUACAUCCCAUGGCUUCCAUGAAGAAGAAGUAAAAAAAAAACUUGAGCAGUUUCCUGGUGGAUCCGUUGACCUUCAGAAGGAAGAUAGUGGUAUUGGCAUUCUUACCCUGAACAAUCCAAGUAAAAUGAAUGCCUUCUCAGGAGUUAUGAUUCUACAACUUCUGGAAAAAGUGAUUGAAUUGGAAAGUUGGACAGAGGGGAAAGGUCUCAUUGUCCGUGGGGCAAAAAAUACUUUCUCCUCAGGAUCUGAUUUGAAUGCUGUGAAAGCACUAGGGACUCCAGAGGAUGGAAUGACCUUAUGUAUGUUCAUGCAGAACACCUUAACAAGAUUUAUGAGACUCCCUUUAAUAAGUGUUGCGCUGGUUCAAGGUUGGGCAUUGGGUGGAGGAGCAGAAUUUACUACAGCAUGUGAUUUCAGAUUAAUGACGCCAGAGAGUGAGAUAAGAUUUGUCCACAAAGAGAUGGGUAUAAUACCAAGCUGGGGCGGUGCUACCCGACUAGUUGAAAUAAUUGGCAGUAGACAAGCUCUCAAAGUAUUAAGUGGGGCCCUCAAACUGGAUUCAAAAGAAGCUUUAAACAUAGGAAUGGUUGACAAGGUCUUGCAGUCUUCAGAUGAAACUGAAUGUCUAGAAGAGGCACAAGAGUGGCUAAAGCAGUUUAUCAAAGGGCCACCAGAAGUAAUUAGAGCUUUGAAAAAAUCUGUUGCUUCAGGUAAAGAGCUUUGUUUUGAGGACGCAUUACAGAAUGAAAGAGACCUUUUAGGAACAGUUUGGGGGGGACCUGCAAAUAAAGAGGCUAUUGCUAGGAGACAAAAAUUUGAUAAAUAAUUUUUUAAAAUGACGUACUACAAGAAAA